AUAUUCCUCUACUGCCUUCUAUCACAUCUCUGAGUCUUGGUGAAAAUGAAGAAAAAAGUGGACCUUUUGUUGUGCACUGGCUAAACAAUAAAGAACUCCAUUUUACCUUAUCCAUGGAAGUAUUUUUGCAGCAACUUAAAAAGAGUUUUGAACAUCAUUCUCCUGAGACUAACACUGAGGAAUCUAAUCAAACAGAUGGCAGAUCAGAAGAAGAAGUUGAUGAAAAUGGAGAUGAACAAAAAGGAAACCAAGAAAAGAAGGAACUGGGUGAUGAGAAAACUACUCCAAAUUCAAACCUUGUUCCUUUAUCUUCUGCUAUUAUUGAUCAUGAAAUUGAAGUACUACUUUCUGAAUGGAGUAAAAAUGCUGACAUGCUAUUCAGUAUACAUCCUAUGGAUGGUUCACUGCUGGUAUGGCAUGUGGAUUGGCUAGAUGAAUACCAGCCUGGCAUGUUUCGCCAGGUGCAGGUGUCAUUUGUCUCACGAAUUCCUGUUGCAUUUCCGACGGGUGAUGCCAACUCUCUUUGCAGAAGUAUAGUGAUGUAUGCUUGUACCAAAAAUGUUGACUUAGCUAUUCAACAGGGCAAACAAAAGCCUCCUGGCCUUACACGAUCUUCAUCUAUGCUUAUCUCUUCUGGACACAGUAAAUCAAGUAACAGUUUAAAACUAAGUAUCUUCACGCCCAAUGUUAUGAUGAUUUCCAAACAUGCAGAUGGGUCGUUGAACCAGUGGCUAGUGAGUUUUGCUGAGGAAUCUGCUUUUUCAACUGUACUCAGUAUUUCACAUAAAUCCCGAUAUUGUGGUCACCGUUUUCAUCUUAAUGACUUGGCUUGCCACUCAGUAUUACCACUGCUGCUUACAACUUCACAUCACAAUGCUCUAAUUUCACCAGAUGUUGAGAAUGCAAAACAGGCAAAUGAUUCUUUAGAGUCUCAGGAGUCACCAGUAAGACUUCAGAGUAGAGGCAACGCAGAUGUAACAUCCCAGGAUCCCAAUGCGGUUUACAGUGAACUUAUUCUUUGGAGAGUGGACCCUGUUGGGCCUUUGUCCUUUUCUGGUGGAGUUUCCGAACUUGCUCGGAUCAAUUCUCUCCAUGUUUCGGCUUUUUCUAAUGUUGCAUGGCUUCCCACACUUAUACCCAGCUACUGCCUUGGUGCAUACUGUAAUUCUCCAAGUGCCUGCUUUGUGGCUAGUGAUGGACAGCAUUUGAGAUUAUAUCAAGCUGUAAUAGAUGCUAAGAAACUUUUGUGUGAGCUCUCCAAUCCAGAAAUUUCUAAAUAUGUUGGUGAAGUUUUUAACAUCAUAAGUCAGCAAUCUACAGCUCGCCCAGGAUGUAUCAUUGAACUGGAUGCUAUCACAGAGCUUCAUGGCAGGAAAACGCAGUUAUUCCAUGUUUUUCAAGAAGACUUCAUUUUAAAUAACCAGGAGAAGGAAGCACCUGAAAAGAAGAAAAAGUUAUCAGACUCUGGAAACCAGCAGAAUGGAUUCUCUGAAAAAUUCUACUUAAUAGUAAUAGAGUAUACUGAAAACCAUUCAUUACUACAUAUGUGGCAUUUACAUUUGAAGUCAAUUCCUGUCUCAGUAGAUGAAAAAAUAGAUUCAAAUACACCUGAAGCAGCAACACAAACGGAAGAAUUGUAUUCUUCACCAGAUCCAGAGAAGGUCCAGUCACCAUUCACUCAAAAGUAUCAGGCCUGUAGAGCAAACCUUCAGAGCACCAGCUGGCUUACUCUGUCUUCCAAAAUGGUGUAUAGUCAAGAGUUGAAUUUGCCAGAAGGAGUAGAGAUAAUAAGUGUAAAACCAUCAGCAGGACAUCCGAGUUCUUCUUCCAUAUAUCCUGUUUGUCGUGCACCAUAUCUGCUGGCUACUUCAUGCUCUGAUGGAAAAGUUCGAUUCUGGAGAUGCAGAGUUACUUCUGAAUCAUCAGCUUCUUCCAUGGCAGAAUAUAGUGUACACAGUGAUGUUACAUAUAUAUGGGAAGAAUGGCCAUUACUGAUUGAGGAUGGACUUCUUAGCAGUAGUGCUAUUAAUGUUCCAGGAAGGCCAACUGAAGUUAGCUGUGCACACACGAAUAGAUUAGCAGUAGCAUACAAACAGGUAACAUCUAAAAAUAGUCAUCUUUCUCAGGAUUUUGUAAUGCAUGUUAGUAUUUUUGAGUGUGAAUCUACAGGGGGUUCUUCUUGGAUUCUAGAGCAGACUCUUCAUUUAGAUGAGGUAGGCACCAUGUUAGACUCUGGUGUUAGUAUUGAUAGUAAUUUAGUGGCAUAUAACCGACAAGACAUUUCUGUGUCUCAUGGUGGGAAUGUUAUGCCCAGCACUAAGCACUUGGUUCACUUAGAUUGGAUGUCUAGGGAAGAUGGUUCACAUAUUCUAACAGUGGGAAUUGGAUCAAAACUUUAUAUGUUUGGUCAGCUGUCUGGGAAAAUGCAAGAACAAAACGCUAAGGAGAUUGCUACAAUCUCCCAUAGUGGCAAUAUGAAGGCUACAGCCCUUUCUAGGUUUGUUCUGCUGCGUUGUGUUGACCUGGUUUCAUCUGUAGAGGGGUCACCUCCUUUUCCAGUCUCUUUGUCUUGGGUGCGUGAUGGCAUUCUUGUGGUUGGAAUGGAUUGUGAAAUGCAUGUAUAUUCCCAGUGGCAAACUCCUUCCAAGCAGGAACUAGUUGGUACAGAUUCCUACAGUGGAAGUAUGCCGUGUAUAACUCCCUUAGUGAAACAAAGUCAGUCAGCUGCCUCAGGUCUGCAUCCACCAAAGCGAACCUUGACCAGAUCUAUGACCAGCCUUGCACAGAAACUUAGUGGGAAAAGAUCUGCCUGUGAUCUGUCUACAGAAAUGGAAGAUUCUGGUCUUUUUGAAGCAGCUCAUACAUUAUCUCCAACUUUACCUCAGUAUCAUCCGUAUCAACUAUUGGAACUCAUGGAUCUUGGUAAAGUACGUAGAGCAAAAGCCAUUCUGUCCCAUCUGGUGAAGUGCAUUGCUGGAGAAGUUGUUGCUGUAAAUGAAUCUGAACCUAAUCAUGAUAAGAGGCUCAGAUCUCUGACUAUCAGUGCUAGUGGAAGUACUGCAAGAGAUCCCAAAGCAUUCAGCAAAACUGAGACUGCAGACUACAUUGAAAUAGACUCUGUUCCACCACUGCCUUUGUAUGCUCUGCUUGCUGCAGAUGACGAUUCAUCUCAUUCCUGUUCAGAAAAGUCUAAUAAUCAAAACAGUCAAAAUAAAAAAGAUAUUCCCAAUGACAGUUAUGAAGAUCUCUUUCAAAAUAGUGUUAUAAGUACAGAUGAACUUGUUACAUUUGAUGCAGAUGAAGACAGUUCGAAACCAAAAGUCAUUGAUCUUUCUCAGUAUAGCCCAACUUACUUUGGACCAGAGCACGCUCAAGUUCUUUCUCGUCACUUGCUUCAUUCAAGCUUGCCAGGUCUGACUAGGAUGGAGCAAAUGUCAUUGAUGGCCUUGGCAGAUACAAUUGCUACUACCAGUACUGACAUUGGAGAAAGCAGAGACAGAAAUCAGG